AUGGCUGCAUCUGAGGUUUCGAUCAGGGGUUAUAAAGACACCGGGGACCUUGAUUCCGGUCAGGUCAAGGGGAAUUCCGGCGCCGGAAAAGUGGAUGCUGAAACAGCUCUAUAUACUGAACUAUGGAGGGCUUGCGCUGGCCCUCUUGUGACCGUACCUCGUGAGAACGAGCUUGUUUUCUAUUUUCCCCAGGGACACAUCGAACAGGUGGAGGCAUCUACUAACCAAAGUGCAGACCAGCAGAUGCCUGUUUAUAAUCUUCCUCCCAAGAUUCUGUGUCGAGUGGUGAAUGUUAAUUUGAAGGCUGAACCUGAUACUGACGAGGUGUUUGCUCAAGUUACCUUGAUGCCUGAACCUAAUCAAGAUGAAAAUGCAGUGAAAAAGGAACCUCUUCCAGCACCGCCACCUAAUUUUCACGUCCAUUCUUUCUGUAAGACUCUUACUGCAUCAGACACGAGCACUCAUGGUGGGUUCUCAGUCCUGAGACGUCAUGCCGAUGAAUGUCUUCCUCCACUGGACAUGUCUAGACAACCCCCCACUCAGGAACUAGUGGCAAAAGAUCUGCAUGGAAACGAGUGGCGAUUCAGGCAUAUUUUUCGAGGUCAACCACGUCGACACCUCCUCCAAAGUGGUUGGAGUGUCUUUGUUAGUUCGAAAAGACUUGUUGCAGGGGAUGCUUUUAUAUUUUUGAGAGGGGAGAACAGUGAGCUGCGUGUUGGAGUUAGGCGAGCCAUGAGACAGCAGGGUAAUGCUCCAUCUUCAGUCAUAUCCAGCCACAGCAUGCAUCUUGGUGUUCUAGCAACAGCUUGGCAUGCAAUUCAGACCAAGACUAUGUUCACAGUUUAUUACAAGCCGAGGACUAGCCCUGCUGAGUUUAUAGUCCCCUAUGAUCAGUACAUGGAGUCUGUUAAAAACAACUACUCAAUUGGAAUGAGAUUCAAAAUGAGGUUUGAAGGAGAAGAAGCUCCAGAACAGAGGUUCACUGGAACUAUUGUCGGAACUGAAGACGCGGAUCCCAGUAGGUGGCCAGAGUCGAAAUGGAGAUGCUUAAAGGUGCGAUGGGAUGAAACUUCAACAAUUCCUCGACCUGAGAGAGUUUCACCAUGGAAAAUAGAACCUGCUAUUUCUCCACCUGCGCUAAAUCCACUUCCAGUGGCCCGACCAAAAAGGCCUCGAUCAAAUGUCUUACCCUCAUCGACCGACUCUUCUGUUCUUACUAGGGAAGGUCCAUCUAAGAUUCCAGUAGACCCUUCACCCGCCUGUGGAUUUCCAAGGGUCUUGCAAGGUCAAGAAUUGUCGACCUUGAGAGGCACUUUCUCUGAGAGCAAUGAAUCAGAGGCUGCUGAUAAGCCAUUAAUGUGGAACUCCGCAACAGAUGAUGACAAGAUUGAUGUAGUUUCUGCUUCCAGAAGAUACGGCCCUGGGCCGGAUAAAUGGUUACCAAUGGGAAGGCCCGAAUCUUCGUUCACAGAUCUUUUGUCUGGUUUUGGGUCACAGAUUAACUCGUCUCGUGAUUUCUGUAUGCCAUCUGGUGAUCAAGCAGUUCAGAAUCGACAAACACAAGAACGUGAUGCAAAAUUUAGUGUAAUUGGUAACACUUGGUCAUUACAGCCUUCAAGCCUGUCACUCAAUCUGAUGGAUUCCAGCUUGAGGAACCCCGGGCUGGGCCUUGAAACAUCUUAUCAGACUCGUGGGGAUGUUAGAUACAGCGCUUAUAGAGACUUUUCCUUGAUUUCCGACAAUCAACCGGCAAACUGGCUGAUGCCGCCUCCUAUUUCACAACAAUACCUUCAAAUGCCGCCAGCUCAGUCGAGAGAGAUGAUGCCAAAGCCGGUAUUUUCUCAAGCACAAGUAGAUGCUGUGAGGCCAAAAGAAGGGAACUGCAAGCUAUUUGGCAUUUCCCUAUUGAGUAAUUCUGUAUCGUUGGAAUCGUCACUAUUGGCAAAUAAAACAUCUGUGGUUGAGCCGUCAAUUAGCAUGCAUCAUGGUGCACAUUACCCAACAAUUGAGGCUGACCAAAGCUCAGAUCAAUCUAAGGGCUCAAAAGUGGUGGGUACUCCAGUUGCCACUGGUGAGCAGGACAAGCAAUUCCAUACUUCCCAUCCUGCGUCUCGCGAGAGAGAAGGCAAAGGUCAUUCUGGUUCAGCGAGGAGUUGCACUAAGGUUCAAAAGCAGGGAAGUGCUCUUGGUAGGUCGGUGGAUCUUUCCAAGUUUGAUAAUUAUGAUGAAUUGAUUGCAGAGUUGGACAGUAUCUUUGAAUUCGAUGGUGAACUCAAGGAACGGAACAAAAAUUGGCUUGUUGUGUAUACCGAUGAUGAGGACGAUAUGAUGCUCGUUGGAGAUGACCCCUGGGAUGAAUUUUGUGGCAUGGUUCGUAAAAUCUUAAUACUUACGAAAGAGGAAGUGCAGCGUAUGAAUCCAGCAACUUUUAAUUCUAAAGGUGAAGAAACGUCGUCAGUUGCGGAAGGCCUGGAUGCUAAAGAAGAUAAGCAUUUGCCAACAACCUCGUCAUCUAACCCUGAUGAUUGCUAG